UUGAUAUAAGAUAAAGUUUUUAUUUUUAUAAAUAUUUUUGUUCUGUAAAAUAAAAUUGAAAAAUUCAUAUAUUCAUAAAACUAUAUACAUAGAUUUAUAUUUAUUUCUAAAAUAUUAUGAUGUAAAAUAUUUUUGAAUAACAUAAUGAGAAAAUGACACAAAGAACACUAAACCAAGUUUUCCUCCCCAAACUAGCACUCAGGAUCAGAAGUCACAAAAAUAGGUUUCAUUAAAGGGGCAAUUUACCCUUAUGCCCUCUUCUUUAACUAAUUUAAAAAACAAAUUUGAAAUCAAUUGUCGCCGUCCUCGUUUCAUCGCUUCUUCUUCUCCUCAUCGCUGUCUUUCGUCGUCGUCUCUCCGUCGUCGUCGUCGUCGUCGUCUCUCUGUCGUCGUCUUCGCCUCUCCGUUGAUCCGUCGUCGUCGUCUCUCCGUUUAUUUAUCGUCGUCGUCGUUUCUCAAUUGAUCUGUCGUUUCUACGUCUAUUCAUCUCAUUCUCUCUCUCGUGUGUCUGAUUUGAUUAAGGUUUGAAUCAUUUCAUUUUGUUAUACAUUAUCUAGGUUUUGUUAUAUAUUAUUCAUUUGUUGAUGAAUUGAAGUUGAUUUUGUAGAACAAUGGAAGUUUUGUGCAUCUGUGGACAAUGGAUCUCAAAAGAAUCUCUCCAGUGGGAGUUUCUUGUUGAUUUGAAGAGGAAUGCAUCAAUCAUUUCCAUAGAAGAAGAUCUACUGUAUGAAGAUUUGAUGAAGAUUGUCUCUGAAGAUUUUAGUGUUAAAGAGGAAGAAAUCAGUUUGAGUUAUGGUUUUUCAUUGGAUAUGAAAUGUAUUAUUGAAAGUUUCCCCCCACUCUCGAUAGGUAAUACUCGUCAGCUCAGAACUUUCAUUUCCAAGACUAGAGCAUUUGAUGGAACCUGUCGUUUGUGUGUUAAGGUUAGUACUGAUCCAGCUAGCUGUAACACUCAAGCUUCUGAUACAUUUGCUUCUACUGUUCCAUUGAAUGCCAAUCCAGCGAUUCUUUCUACUGUGCAGAGUGAAAAACAGGUACAUUGUCCUUAAUUCUCUUUUUCUGUUUGUGUUUGCAUGAUAUGCUUCAUAAUCAAGUAUUAUGCCUUACAGAACUACUUGACUUUUGUAGAGUCUUCUAUAUGAAGGUGUUUCUACAAUUCCUCUGAAUGCUCUUCCAGAUUUUAGUACUGAUUCAGCUAGCUGUAACAUUCAAGCUUCUGAUACAUUUGCUUCUACUGUUCCAUUGAAUGCCAAUCCAGUGAUUCUUUCUACUGUGCAGAGUGAAAAACAGGUACAUUGUCCCUAAUUCCCUUUUUCUGUUUGUGUUUGCAUGAUAUGCUUCAUAAUCAAGUAUUAUGCCUUACAGAACUACUUGACUUUUGCAGAGUCUUCUAUAUGAAGGUGUUUCUACAGUUCCUCUGAAUGCUCUUCCGGAUUUUAGCCCUGUCCAUAUUGGACUUUCACCAAACACGAGAGUAGCUGGCGAUAUUAAGGUGAAUAGCUAUUUUAAGACAAAGAGAGAGUUGAUGUUGAGGAUGAAGAAAUGGGCUUUAGAGUGGAAGUUUGAGUACAAGACUGUCUCUUCUAACAAGUCAAGAGUGCUUUUGAGUUGUGUUGAUGAAAAUUGCACGUGGAGGAUGCGUGCUAUCAAGCUACCUGUUUCAGAUUUUUUCGUUGUUAAAAAGUAUGUUCAUGAGCAUACAUGCGAUACAACACACAGGAAAGCCAACCACAGACAAGCAUCUGCAAAGUUGUUGGGUUCUUUGAUUUCCAGCAAUUAUGGAGAAAAAAAGGAAGGUCUCAAACCGAAACAGAUCAUUGAACAGGUCAGGAUGCUGCAUGGUGUUCACAUCAAUUACAAACAAGCUUGGAGAGUGAGAGAAGAAGCUCAGAUUUUGGUUAGAGGGACUCCUGAAGACAGCUAUUACAAUUUGUCUAGGUGGUUGUAUAAAAUCACAGAAACAAACCCUGGUUCCUUGACUUAUCAACAUGUUGAUGCUGCAGGAAAGUUCAAGUAUGCAUUUGUGGCUUUUGGUCCAUCGAUAAGGGGAUUCUCAUUGAUGAGGAGAGUUAUUGCAGUAGAUGGUACAUUUCUGAAGGGAAAAUUCAAUGGGACUUUAUUGGCAGCUUGUGCUCAAGAUGGGAAUUAUCAUCUAUAUCCUCUCGCCUUUGCAGUGGUUGACGCAGAAAACGGCGCCUCUUGGAAAUGGUUCUUUAGAGGUUUGAGCCAGAAGAUCCCGGACGCUUCGGAUCUUGUUUUUGUAUCAGACAGGGCUAACUCCAUUUCUUCAGCGUUGGAGGAUGUAUAUCCCUUAUCUCACCAUGGAAUUUGCAGGAUCCAUCUGCUCCGCAACAUCACUCCUACAUAUGCGAAGACUGGGUUGCUACCUCUGGUGGAAAGCGCUGCUGAUGCCUAUACGUGUCACGAGUUCUGGUUAAUCUUCAAGGACAUAAAGGAUAAAUGUCCUGAAUUGGCUAAGUAUCUGGAAGAGUCUGAUUUUAGGAAGUGGGCACGAAGCUAUGCGCCUGCGAACAGGUAUAAUAUCAUGACUACCAACAUUGCAGAGUCUCUCAAUUCUAUGUUGAGGAUGCCUCGUGAGUUGCCCAUUAUCUCUCUCCUUGAAACUAUCAGAUUGACGAUGACCACUUGGUUUUUUGAGCGACGCGAAGCGGCUGCGAAACAUAAGCACCUGGUUACUCCAAAAGUUGUGCAGAAAUUGGUAUCUAGGUUAGGGGCCGCAAUGUUGUUGAAUGUGUAUCAAGUUGAUCGAAGCGAGUUUGAGGUGAAGAAUGAAACAAUGAAGUUUGUUGUUGACUUGGAGAAGCGGCAUUGCACAUGUAAUGUUUUCGACAUUGACAAGAUCCCCUGCAUCCAUGCCAUCGCUGCUGCUAAGCAUAUCAAGAGAGAUGAAAACCGUUUUGUUGAUGCUUCUCACUUGACAGAAACGUGGGCUAAAGCUUAUGCUGAAAGCAUACAUCCUGGUGGAGAGUUGUCAACGUCCACCUAUCCAGAGAAUAUUGAUGAACUGUCUUGCCCACCUCCAGCUACCAAAAAGAAAAGUGGACGCCCUCCUACAAAGAGAAAGAGAUCCGUUGGCGAGUUUGGGGUUCCUGGAUCUAAAUCUCAGUCCCACAAGUGCAGCAGAUGUGGCACAGGAGGGCACAACAAGAUCACAUGCCAGAGGCCUAUAGGAUGAAGUUCUACAUUUUUACAUUUUUAUCGAUUAUUAUUUGGAUGUUGGCUAUUUGAUGGUUACAUGAUAUGCACAAGACCAUAUACAUUUUUUCUUUUGGAACCCUAUCCUGAAUAAGUAUGAUUUCUUCCAACUUUUGUAAUAUACAACAUUAUCUUUUGAUCUCAUUUCAAUUCUUAAUUUAAACUUCUUUGCUAGAAAAAAACACAGUAAUAUUCAACUAUUCUGGAAUCCCAUCCAGAAAUACCGACUUCCUUUCCAAGGUUUAUAAUACAACAUUUUCUGUUAAGAAUAAUUAUGUGGAAAAGUGUAACAGAUGAUUCUCCUCGGUCUAGCGGCUAAAACACCUAUCUGUCGAAAUUGUAACGCUUGACUCGACCCGGGUUCGAUUCCCCUACUAAUCAGAGUUUUUUAAAAAAAUUUAAGUUGAAUAAAAAUAAAAGAAAUAUAUUACUUUACUUACAACAUGUAAUGACUGAAAUUAACUUGGCCUAGUGGCUACUACACCUUAAUUCCCUCUUUCCUCCUAGUCAUCUUCAGGUUCGAAUCCUAUGAGAUGUGUAUAUAUAUUUUUUUUUCCUCCAAAAUUUGCAAAUCACAUUAUCAAAUUUUCCAAAUGUGUAGAUAUUAAUCCUUAGUUUUGAUCUCAUUUCAUUUUUUUCUAGUUUAAGAAAGAAGCACACUAAUAUUCAUGUAUAUUAUUCAUGCAUACUCUGGAAGCCCAUCCUGAACUAUCAAAGAUCUUUCCAAUGUAUUAUACUAUAAAUUGUAUGGCUAAAUUCAAUUAUGUGGAAGCAACUAACAGAUGAUUCUCCUCAGCCUAGCGGCUAAACCACGAAACCUAUGAUACCGAAACAUUUGUUCGACCCGGGUUUGACUCUCCUACGAGUAAUGGUUGAUUUUUUUUUUUUUGUUCAAACAUAUAUCUCAGGAAUCGAAGAGUCUCUUCCAAACGACAUCAUGUAACUCAGUAACCGAAGAGUUUCUUUUCGUCAAGAUUGGCUGUUAUAUGAUUGGUUAUUUCAGUAACUGACUUCAAUAAUCGAAGAGUUCCACAAUAAUCAAGAGUUUAUUUUAACUGACUUCAAUAAUCGAAGAGUUCCUUUUAGUUCUAUAAAUAUAAGGGACGAUAUCAGACCUUUUAUUCACUCACUUCAUUUCGUCUGAUUUAUCCUUUUGCAAUACAAGUUAGUUUUCGAUUUUUCUCAUUUUCCAUUCAAUUCAUGAACUUUUUUCUAUUUCUAUUUUAUCGUAACAUCUUAGUUUCGAUUUUGUUGCAGGACAAAGUUUCAAUGGAAGGAAGUUCAAAGAAGAUGAUGAAGCGUCCCAUAGAGGAGGUUUACGGAUGUGAUGCCGCCGAAGGUUUCAAUAAGGGGAAGAAGGAAACUGUGGUACAUUACAGGGUUCUUCUUCGUUUGUCCAACGAAUACAGGCUAUCUGAGAAUGAUUGGAAUCUGGCAUCCAGCAAAGCAAAUUCAAUUGCUGUCCAAAUCGAGUUGCUUGAAGAUAUUAUCAAAGCUGAUGGAAAAUUUGAUUUAACUGCUGAGUUGGAGAAACUCAAAGAAGAGCACUCGGAAGCGGAAGGAAUGCUUGCUGAUGUGAAGGUCAAAGUCCCUGAUUGGGAUAAACUUGGCGAAAGUUGGCUGUGUCAUGAGUAAUUUCAUGUUAUCAUCUUCUCUUUUUAUGUUUUUAAGGACCACAUUAUGUUUGAUUUUCAGUUUUUAUUUUAAAUGAAUAAGUAGUUUUGUUUCUCU